AAUUCUUUUCGUGUUUUGUUUCAUUUCACCCCCCCUACUUUUCUCUCUUGUCACCGUCACCCUCACCAUUUCCGACUCUACAGAAAAACAGUAAACUAUAGUCUUUUUCAGUCCAAAACUCAAUAAGUCAAAUCUCCAUUGAUGCUAUAGUUGAACUCUACUUCACAGCCCCUCAUGCUUUAAUGGCGGAGCUGUAAUUCACUUCACGAAGAUUCUAGAAGAAGACGAAGUAAUUAAUAGUGUUAUUAAACCCUAGACAUCAUCGAAGAUGGUAUUUAAAGGUAGAUUUUUCUCAUCGAAGAAAUCCGACCCGUUAAGUCCUGAUGGAUCCUCCGGGUCAAAUUCCAAUUCCCCGAUCCGAUCCGAUCAGAAGAAAGCAAAGUCUGCUUCUCCGAUCACUCCGAAAAAAGAUGCUAAAGGUAAAGGAAGCCCGAACCCGAACCCGGACCCGACUCCGAGCCCGAAUCAGGCGAGAACGGAAGUGAGGCCGACGUCGGUAUCGGUGUCGCCGAUAGUGGCAUCGUCAUUGGGGUUAAAUAAGAUAAAGAAUCGAUCUGGGCCGUUGCCACGAGAGAGUUUUUUCGGGUAUGCUAGUAGAGAUAAGGGGAAUUCUCUAGGUGUUAGUAAUUUAUCGAAGAAUGUAGCGGGCGGACGGGGUGGUGGUGGUGAUGGGCCAUCGAAUUCUGCUUUGAGGAAGAAGGGUUUAGUGGAAAAUGUAGAUAAUGGGAGCAAUUCAGGUAGCAUGUCAUCCGAGAGUGGUCGUUUGAGGGAUCAAAGUCCUCAUGUACCUGGUCCAUCAAGGCUGCAGAAUGCUGAAUCGUCUUCUGAAGCAGCUGGAAACCUCGAGGUUUAAAUAAUUUGGAGGAGGUUUUAACGAUGAUUAGAGCAAAGUUUGACAAAGCAAAGGAGGAAGUGGAUAAUGAUUUGCAUGUUUUCGCUGUAGAUCUGGUUGGAGUUCUAGAAAAAAAUGCAGAAACUCAUCCGGAUUGGCAGGAAACUAUUGAAGAUUUGCUGGUUUUGGCUCGGAGGUGUGCAAUGACAUCUCCUGGGGAAUUUUGGCUUCAGUGUGAGGGCAUCGUUCAGGAACUGGAUGAUAGACGCCAAGAACUCCCGAUGGGUACACUAAAGCAGCUGCACACUAGAAUGCUUUUUAUACUUACAAGGUGUACACGAUUGCUUCAGUUUCUCAAAGAAAGUGGAUUUGUGGAGGAUGAACCUUUGUUUCAGCUUCGUCAGUCAUUGCAGUUUUGAAUCCUUGGCUUCUCCCUAUGCUUUAUGCUUGGAUAUCUCUUGAUAGGCAGAAGUCCCAGGGAAUAUCGCUUGGCAAAGACUUGGGAAGAAUAUACCGACAAUGCCCGCUCGUACAUGGAGAAGGCUGCAUAGAAAAUGAAGAGGUUCGCAGAUGAGAAAUCAAGGAAUUGUCGGUAGAUCAGCUCGCUCGCAUUCUAGUCUUUCAUUGAUCUUUUCUGCCCCUCGCUCUAUGAGAAUGCGCGUCUAUCCAAAACGUGCAAAGUAAGAUAGCGGUAGAUCAACUGAAUAGUAUGGCAAGAGUUCAAACCCAAUUGUUGUAUUGUGAAAAAAGGAUUAACCCUUGUGAACAUUCAAAUAUUUGUCCUACAUUCAUUCGUGAAGGUACUCCUAAUGGGUUAAAGAUCAUAUCAACAAAUCUUCUAUACAUUCAAUAUGCUGUGUCCGAUACAUAGAUUUACGGUUAAUGAGUCCUUACCUGUUUUAUGAUACAUAAUACAACAUAUAUGUAAUUAUGGUUCAAUUUUAUAUUUGAUACGUGUAAUAUACUUAUUAUGAUACAUAGAUUUAAUUUUGUCGAGAUUUUAGAUUUGUAUGAUACAUUCUAAAAAUUGUAUGUGAGUUUUAGUUUGUUUUA